AUGGAGCGUUCAUUAACGGAUAUACUUAGAGAAGAACGUCAGAUCGGUCACAAAGGAGAUGGUGGUUGGAAAGCAGUUGCUUAUAACACCGUUGCUGCCAUAUUGUCUGCACAAUUUGAUAUUGAAAGUGGAUUCAAUUGGGAUGCAACAAAGAAGAUGAUCAAUGUAGAUGAAGACAAUGUUUGGGAUGAGUAUGUGAAGUCUCAUGAAGAUGCUAGAACUUUUCAAUUUAAAGUGAUUGCAAACUGGGAUGAUAUAGUGGAUUUAUGUGGCAAAGAUAGAGCUACGGGAGAGGGUGCUGAAACAUGUGUAGAAGCUGCUGAGGUUAUGACUCCUGAGAGUGAUCCCAAUAAUAUUGUUGAUUUGGAAAGUGAUACUCAAGGUUUUGAGAGUUGUUAG